GGAAAAUAUUUUUUUCUUUUUCUUUUUUUUUUCUUUUUUUUCUUUUUUUUUUUUCUUACAAAAAUAUUUCAAAAGAGAAACGUUCGUUCGCGUCUGUGAUAUUAUUUACACGGCAAUCGUCCAGAAACACUCGGGGGCCACAUAAUCCAAGCAGAAAAUAAAGAAAUUCAACUGAUCGUACGACUUGAGUUAUAUUUAUGUGCCCGCCAACCGACACACGUCGUUCCAAAUUUAUAUUGUGCUAAUUAUAUGUCGUGUCGUCGCUUUAUCAAUUUGCUUUGUUGUCGCUUUGGUGGUUGGCGAUAGGAAUACAAUUUGAUGUUUUUUGAAGAUUUCACUCAGCAACCGAUCAUAUGAUUAGAGAUGUUACAUUAUUGAAAAGCUAAUACGCGCUUGCGCCAAUAAAUAAUUGUCGUGUUGUAUUUGGUUAAGCCAAUAGUAACUUACCUACGCGUUCUUUACGUCUAUUACAAGAACGAAAAAUUUCGUAAUAACGAAAUAACUGAUAUACAACAAACAGUUCCCGAACACACAGAGAAAGAGAAAGAGAAAGAGAAAAAGAGAGAGAGAGAGAAAGACAGAAAGAGGGGUAACUGUAAUCCAAAAAUAGAAAUUGGAGAGGCGCAAUAUAACUUGGAAAUUUCCUACUUCCUUAUACGAAUGGCAGUGUGAGUGAUUCUUUUGUUUUUUCGUUGUUCAAUAGUUAACACACAAUUUACGAGAUCUCAACAUCGUAAUCGUAAAAGAAAACUAUUUUCGAUCUUACUUCCUCGUGUCUUCCCCGUUAACGCGUGGAAGAAGAGGACACCCGUCAAAUCCAUGAAGAAAAGAACAACGUUGAACGCGAAAAGGAGAAAUCUUCAAGCAGAAAUCUCGACAAGCCGUGAAAACCUUUCCUGGCCGAUUGCAGUCGUAAGUUAUUCAGGAAUUGACGAUGUCCUGCGGUGGAUGACAGCGUGGAAGAGGUUGAAGAAGAGGACGAUCGUAGGAUGUACGGAGGUGAAAAAGAGAAAGAAGACGAUCGAAAACGAUCGCAAGAUGCUGAUGCGAGAUGUUCAGAAACAGCAGCAGCAACAGCACCACAACCACCACCACCAUGGUUGGUCAGAGCAGAAGUUACGAUUCGUCAUGGCGGUAUUCAAACCAAUUCGGAUUCUGGACAGUCACCGGUAGGUGCAUCAUCAACUUUGACUGAUUCCAAUGGUGUGAGGAUGAUAUAUCGUUGGAAUACUAGCCAGCCAAAUAUUAAUCCUCUAUCAACAACAACAACAACAACAACAACAGCACCAGUACCUUCGAUGACUCCAUCGAUGGGUACAAUACCACCGAAUUCUUAUGGGUUCCAACGUGGGAAUAUAUUGUUCACGUCAACACCACCACCAAGAAGUCAACCAUCUGGUUCAUUUACAAUUCCGCGUUCAGGAUUCUCAAUGAAAGAUGACUCGAAUUUGUCAAUAAAUCGAGGAUUCAAUGAUUCCGGAUACAACAGUGAACGAUUUUCACCACAAUCUUAUUCGAGUUUACCAUCCCGUCGAUCCUCGCAACAAUAUAAUCGACGCUGUAAGAGUACAUGUAACAUCGUUCUCGCCGCGUUUGAUCCUAAGAAGAAUUUAAGUAACGACGAGUUUAUAACUACGAGAUCACAAACGAGAGAACCUUUGAAAUUUUCCACAUUGGAAGCUGAUCGGCCACCCUGGCAUUCCCAUCGAAUGGCGGCGUCCCAUCAUCAUCAUCAUCAUCAUAAUCAUCAACAACAACAACACGUCUCUGCUCGUUCACGUUUCAGUACCGUACCUGAAGUCUGUGAAGAUUGUGCCGAAGGUAGUACUGCGAGUCCAUUUACCACUCAUUUCUGUACACGUGUGUUAGAGAAAACAGCGAACAAAAGAACGACCAUUAGUAAAGAUGCAUCUUCGCAAACGACGGAUAUUGAAUCUCGGUCUUCCUCCUUGACUACAUCGAAAACAGGGAAAGUCAGACGAAAGGCAUUGGAUAUAUACUUGGCUGAUGAACAAAAGAGAAAGAAGCAAGAGAACUCACCUAUUGGAGCUUCGAUCGAUACAACAUCGCAACCUUCAACGACUACAGCAACUACCACGGAUACUGAAAAAUCCGAUGCAUCAACCGUAGACGAGAACACCAAACGUAAAUCUCGUACGGUUCAUAUCGACGUUUAUUGCACUGGCUCAGACGAGGAGUGUAGUACCGAGUCAAGCGAGGAAGAACGUUCAACCACUGCGAUGACCGUCUUCGAGAACAAGGACGUCAAAGUGACGCAUACUCAGCAAACUACGGAUAACGAUUUACCUCGUGGGUUUACAGAUAAUAAGGCGUUUCUCGCGCGAACUGCUGAGAGACGAUGUGAAAGUUUCAAAAACGCUCCCAUGAGAAUGCCCUCGUUGGCUAGCUCGAAAGGUUACGAAAGCGACGAUUUACUAAGUUCUCUUUAUCCAUCGCAAUUUAGUUCUUACACCGCGCUUAAAGAUAUUGAUUCAACACCAUGGUCUGCAGCAUCGUCAAUGAUUGCAUUGCCCUUUCCUGACGAUUACGAUUCUGCAGCUGCUACAUCCGCAAAAGAUACAUUUUCCGACAUAGAAUCUAUAGUCAAUGGUGGUAAACCAACGUUGACCCCAUGCGAUAGUUUCGAAUACGCGAAUUCGUCCGAUCGAGAGAGGAUACGUAAAAUGGAGACCAUUUGGGGUAAUAAAACUGAACCGGAAGAGAAGGAUAAAACUUGGAGAUCACCGCAGAUCGAGCGUAAGCAUUUAUUAAGGAACAGGAAGAUGAGGGAAUAUUUAGAGAAGCAUGAAAUCGGUUGGUCAUCUGAUGACACUGCUGCUGAAUCGGAUGACAGUGGAACCGUAGGUUGGACCUUUAUAGCGAAUAAGGAUCAUUCUGAGGAGGCAUCUAAAAAAAAGGAUAUCGUUUCUCCUACGAGUCAAAUAAAUCCGGAAACUGCUGAAAACGUUUCCCCAAAUGUCGUACAUCAUCAAGAACCUAAACGUUGCGAUCCUAUAGACGAUCAUUCCGAUUCUACGACGCGAAGUGAACUUGCCUCACGAACGUAUAAACUUCGCGAUCAGAUUGGUCUGUUUAGUUCGAAAACUCCUUCACCUCUUCCUUCGAAAGUACCUUCAAGGGUGACCUCUCCCUUUAUGACACUCCAAGGUGAAAGAACGGAUCACAUCGUGAAAGCAUCGAUUUUUGGUUCCGUAAUUGGUGCUUUUCGAAAACCUGGUCAUCACGUAGGUCCUGCUAAAAAUCCAAACUGCUCUUGCGAACACUGCAGACGAUACUUCGAAGAAGAUAAUACGCGUGAACGAUCGUGUUCCUUCGGUGAACCCGAUAAACGUUCUGCACGUUCAACCAACACCCAAAGAAAUGUUAUUCGACCAGCUCCUACAAGUUAUGAACAUUGAUACUUAGUUUAUUUUUCUAUAAUUUUUUUUCUUUUCUUUUUUUUUUUUUAAUUUCAAGCAAAGCUUCUUCGAAUGAUUCUCAUUCUUCGAGCUUUACGUAGCUCUACAUUGCUAUGACUUUUGU